AUCGGUCGCAUGUGGACGAAUUGGAUACGAGAAAUCCCAACUUACUUAAGGCUGCAAAAACAGCGGCAACCAAAGUCAUGGAGACCAUAAACGUCAGCAAGGUCCUUGAAUUUAUGGAUAAGGACACAGUAAAUAAGAAAGGGAGGUUUUCGUUUGGAAUAUUGGUGGGUGUUGAUGUUCGUAGAAUUUCGGAUGAUGCGAUAUAA